UUUCAGACAAAAUAUUUUCUCAGCCUUGAUGGGCUGGUUCAACGACAAUAAAUGGGACUAGUUGUCAGAUGAGCGGCUCUUUCACGAGAGGCAGCCGCAAUGGAUGUUUUACAGCUGGGGUUUGGACUUCUGCUUCUUGUUUUGCUGCUGCUGCUGACUGCUAAAUACUUUCACAGAGCCGCGCAAGACGACGGAGGCCAGACACCAGUAGAGACUAGCUCUUGGCAGCAUCUCUGUCACUUCUUCUCUGGCCAGUCUACGCUGUCGCUGCCUGGUCCUCCUGCUCGCUUUAUUAUCGGGAACAUGUUGGAGAUGACGCAUGAGCACCUACCACGCCACCUGACCAACCUGGCUCGGCGCUACGGAGAUAUCUACCAGCUCAGAUGCGGAAACACAAACUUGGUGGUCCUCAGCAGCGCUGAAGUGAUCAAAGAAGCUUUGGUGAAGAAAUGGUCCGACUUUGCGGGGCGACCCAUUUCAUACACAGGUGACAUUGUGUCCGGUGGAGGACGCUCCAUCUCUCUGGGUGACUACAACAAAGAGUGGCGAGCGCAUCGUCGUCUGGUGCACAGCGCCUUGCAGCGCAGCUGUCAGCAAUCGCUGCACCAGGUGAUCGAGACACAGGCAGCGCAUCUGCGAAAGGUCUUGGAGGACUACCAGGGUCACUCUGUUGACCUAUCAGAGGACUUCACGGUGGCAGCCAGCAACGUCAUCACCACUUUGGCGUUUGGAAAACAAUACGACAAGAGCUCCAGUGAGCUACAACAGCUACACAGCUGCCUGAAUGAGAUUGUGGAUCUGUGGGGCUCCAGCUGGAUCUCAGCCCUGGACUUGUUCCCCCUCCUCAGAAAAUGUCCGAACCCAGUGUUCGCCCGGCUGCUGAGGGAAGUGGCCAGAAGAGAUCAGAUCAUAGCGAAGCACCUCAGCUGCUACAAGGCAGAUCAGAAGAAGUGUGAGGACACCAUCACAAACUACUUCCUCCAAGGCCUGGACAAACUUCAGAGCGCUCAAACCGACGUGGUAAUUGUUCGACUCGGACAGUUGGAAAAUGUCAUCUUCACUGGUGUAUGUUUCCCGUCAGCUGCUGACCCACACACACGUUCACAUGGCCACCGUGGACCUUCUGAUCGGGGGUACCGAGACGACGGCGGCCUGGCUCAACUGGACGGUAGCCUACAUCCUGCACAGACCAGAGGUGCAGACCAUGGUGUACGAAGAGCUCCGCUCCGUCUCGGAGGGGCGUUACCCCAAAUACAGCGAGAGACACAGGCUUCCUGUCCUGAGGGCCCUCAUCAGCGAGGUGCUGCGUCUGAGGCCCGUCGCCCCGCUGGCUGUUCCGCACCGAGCCAUCAGAGACAGCAGGUCGGUUGCAAAAUAACACCGGCUUUUCCUACCAUCCAGCCAGCCAUGGAUCACAUCUCCCACUAUAGAAACUGGAUCGAUUUAAAUCAGACCAGUUUUAAUCGAAUCACACCUGUUCUUAUUUUAGUCUUGCAGGUCAUUUCAUCCCCAGAAACACAGUCAUCAUCCCAAAUCUAUUCGGAGCGCACCAUGACCCGGCGACUUGGGACGACCCAUACAGUUUUAAACCAGGUAAAGCUGAAGGUGCGAGCUGAAGGUUUAGAUUUCGUUUUUUUCCCUUCAACGCGUCUCUGUUUCAGAACGUUUUCUGGAGGACGGAGGCGGCUCGGUCCGCUCUCUGGUCCCGUUCGGUGGGGGGGCUCGACUCUGCCUGGGGGAGACCGUCGCCAAAAUGGAGCUCUUUCUGUUCACUGCCCACCUGCUGAGAGACUUCCAGUUCGUCCCCGAGGAGGAGGGCGCGCUGCCAGACCUGACAGGAGUGGCCACUGUAGUGCUCAAAAUCCAGCCCUACCGUGUCCGAGCGCUCCUGAGACCAGAGGACUCUUAAAGCCGACAAUGACUUGACCGGAUCUGUGGGUGUAAAU